GGGCACAUCCUCCCGCGGAGGGAAACGGCCGUGCGCGCAGGGCCCUCUCGGCGGUUAUUUCGGCCUCUUGCUUUUUCCUCCUAGUGAAUUUGAGGCACCUUUCCUUUACAUUUGGCCUCCGUCGUUACUGGCAUAGCCGGCUCUCCCGCAGAGCUGCUCCGGCCCGCUUGAGGCUUCCUCAGGUGGUGCAGCCGCGGGGUGUGGAUCCGGGCCGAGGCAGGGGAGCGCGGCGGGGACACCAUGCCUGCCACCUUCUACGGGCGGUGCCUGGGGCGCCUGCUGCUGCUGCUGCUGCUCUGCACCAGUGUCUCGGGCGGGAGCCCUACAGAUCCAGCUAUGACAACACAAGAUUCCAAUCAGACUGAGGUGAAUUCUGUGACUAAGAUGCAAGCUGGACAUGAAUCAUCUGGUCCAGGUGUUGCCACAGAAAAGCUCAAGCCAGCAGGCAAGGAGAACUCAUAUAAUGUCUCAGCACAUGAGAUACUCCUAUCUGGUGUGUCUGGUGCUCCACUGGAAAAAAAUGUCCCUGUGCCCAGCCCAGCUAAAGUUGAACUGACAUGCAAAUUAGAUGAGAAUUCCAAUUUGAAAAAUCCUCAAGUGACUUGGAAAAAGGGAAAUGAAACAAUCAGUCACACCAGUAAAACUCCAAACAGCUGGACCGUCCAAUUGACCAUUUCAGAGAGCAGUCAGCUGGGAAGUUACAGUUGUAUUCUGAAAAGUGAAAAAGAAGUCAGUGCUGUGUUUCAUUUGCAAGUACCAAAGAUUGAAGGAAAAGAAAAACCCGUAAUUACUUAUGAAGGUGAUAGAGCUGUAAUGGUUUGUAAAACUGAGUAUAAUCCCAAGGCUUGGACCUGGUACAUGACCAAUGGAACUGAGCUGGUUGCUAUUGAUAAAAUUUUGCCUAUAGACAAGUUUCAAAUUAAGAGACAAUCUGCCAGUGUAAACCGUCUGGAGGUACUCAAGCUCAGCAAGGAGGAUCGUGGUGUAUAUUGGUGUGAAGCUGCUUUUGAUUUAGGGAGUGCUAAAAUGAGAUUUGAACUUAGAGUUCUGUCCAUCAUGGCACCUCUCAAACCCUUUGUAGCAAUUGUGGCUGAAGUUGCUAUUCUUGUAACUACUAUUUUCCUCUAUGAGGUAUAUUCAAAAAGGAAAGGAAAAGGAGGUGAAAAAGAGCUUGACCAAACUGAGCGACUUAAAUCAGAAGACAACGUUACUAGGAGACGCAAGUAGUUCCAGGCAGAGAAGUAAACCUUGAAAAGAGAUUUAGACCAACAGAAGUGGAAAUCAUUACAAAGCUACAGAAGAUGUAUGCAACUAUGCAUUUUAAACAUUCACUAUGUUUUGAAGUCUUUUACAUUUGAGUAAAAAGAUGCUUUUAAAAUAGCUCUGAGACUACUCAUUUUGUACAGAUGAUAAUAUGAUACAUUGUACUUAGACCGUUAUCUCUAAUAUUUUACUACUAGCAAGUGGUUUUUUUACAUAAUUAGGUUUACUGUUGGUUUAUGAUUGGUCUGUUUGAUUUUUAUCUACCUGACUGGAACUAGUAUUGUAUUCACUGAAUAAAUUGUUAAUAUAGAGUAGGCAUAUUAUCUGAGUGUUAUAAAACUCGACAAGUAUGAUGAAAAAAGUAUUUCCACCAAAGAAAACGCCUUUUACUAGCUGAUGAAGCAAAGGUGAUGCAGCCAUUUUUACCAAAGAAAUAGUGAAAGGGGAAUCUUUAUCAGGACUUAAAUGAAACAUUAAGAGAGUUGCAAUUUACUCUGAACAGUAAAAUGUCUUCAUUCCAGCUAUUCUUAGCUUCAUUCUCAGUUUUACUAUAUUGUAGUCCUUAGUAGGCUAAGCGUUUAGAUACCAUAUAGCUUAGAUAUUUCAGAGUAGAUGAAAGAACUAUUAGGGACACAGUACCUUCUCAGACUAUAACUGCAGUAAUUCCUUAUGCUUGAAAAAGUUACUGCACUCUCUGGGCCUGCAAAACUAGUUUGGUUAUUAUAAUCUAUGUGGCGUGCUGAAUUUUUAGGAAUACACUUAUAUAUACUUCUGAUCAUACUUACUGUCUAACUGGUACUUGUGCUUCUUUCAGUGCUCUGUUGUUUCUUGGAUUCCUUGCAAUACACAGAGUGGGUCUUGAGCAGCUAAAAUUUUCAGAAUGGUAGGGUAAAGCAGCAUGAAUAUCACUACUACUCUUACACAAAAAUUUUCACACUGCUGUUGAUGACAUUACAGUACUGCUUUAGAAUAGUUGCCCGUAAUACCAUUCAGUUACAUUAUGCAUUCAGCAAUUGAAAAAUGUUCAGCUAAUAAGAAAACAGUUGUGUCAGUUGCCUUUUUUUGAAAUAAUUAAAACUUAAAUUUUGAGAGGAAGAAGUCUUCAGAAAAAUGUUUUUUUCUCCAUGAAAAUAUAAGGAAAAAGGCAGCGUUUGCAGACUCCAUAAAAAAGUGAAAGAAGAAAAAAAAUACACAGCACUUCUUUGUAUUGGCCAUUUUUCUUUGAAUAUAAAGGAGGAGGAAUGUAUAAAAAACAAAUAGAUAAAACAGAUUUAAUUCCCUUGCUUUGUUUUCUAUUUUACUAUUCUUAUGGGUUUGAAAAAUAUCAAAAAUCCUAGCAUUGGCUGUUCUUUUGGAAAAGGGAGACAAAAUCCAGUUUGAUGUAUGCUUUUUUAUUUUUCAUAAUUUGUUUCCCAGUUUGAAGAAAUACAAGUUAAGGUCCAAGUAAGACACCGUGAGAACUACAAAAGCAUUGGCUGAUUGACUAUAAGGAGUGAACACUGAUAAAGAUUCCCCUUGCUUAGAUACUGUGUUUAUUGUAUUUUGCCUUGGAGUUUCUAUGCACUACUAAAACCAGAAUGCAUCUAUAGUUUUUUAAUAAGAGUUUCUCAUUGAUAAAAUUGAUAUUUUUAUUGCAGCAAGUAAAUGCAGACAGUUUUCAAACAUUUACUUCUGUAUAUUGUUUGGCAUAUCUCAGAGUUUGCAGUAACUUGUUUCUUGUAGGCAGUUAAACAGUAAAAAAGGUAGUCUUACUUAGAGAUCUAGCAAUUAUAUUCUGAAUAAAGCAGCAUUGAUAUAUUUUGCAAUGGAAAUGGGGCUAGAUACUGUCUGGAAAAAGCCUGCCACUUAAUCAGAAAUGGUAGCAAUCUUUCUGCCUUCACUUAGUAUUCCUACUGGAUCUUGCCGUUGAGCUAUAAAGUCUUGGCUAACAUAGGCAAGUCAUACAGAUAGUUAAGUAGCUGUUUUGCACUAGCAGGGAAAGCCUGUAUUAAGCAUAGAUUUUAGAAGCAACAGAUCUUAGAUCUAUCAGGACUAUAUUAGUUUGGUCAGACUAGCUGCUGAAGCUGUAGCUUUGCCUUGACCACCUCUAGCAUGUUCUGCUUUGUCUGAGGGGUUUGGUGUUUGUUUUUAAAUUGGCGAAUAGUUUUUUAUCAUUAGAAGUGGUUUUAUUCUAUGUGCGUUCUAGAUUUAAACCCUUUUGGCCUGCUCUAUGGAGGGCAAUUACAAAUAAUAUUAAAUGGUAAAUAUUUAGUAAUUGUCAUAAUUAAUGGUCAACUUCAAAGACAUAAACUCUACUUUCCUUGGUCUAAGUACCACAAGGAGCACUGGAAAUCUUGAAAUUUUCUUUUGAGAAGUAUGUAUUGUGUAUGUUUAAGAUAUUCCCAUUAGAGUUGCUUUGUGAUCUUAGCAUUGAAUAGAACAAAAAUAUUGUAAAUUUAAAAAAACUCCAAAACUCUAGUGGAGAUUUUUUUUUUUUUUUAAUUUCAUUCAAGCCAGGAGAUACUAAAUAAGAUCCAAAAUAAUUGUGAAAUUUCCUUCAAACAGCAGUUGAAGCUAAGUGUAAGGACCCAUAAAAUUAUAGUUUUAAUAACAAAACAUUAAUCUGUAAUAGCUGUCUUACAUGGGUAGAUCCAAUCUAAACAAUUACAACUGUUUGGCAAAUCUUGUCUUCCAAGAUGAAAACCUUUUCUUGGAAGAGGGGGUAUUUUACUGGAUUUUAGACCAGCAAAACCAAGCCUUACUAGUUUCUUAGAGAAGGUUGAAAUCUGCAAAAGAAUCCUGAAGGGCUGUUUCCUAAUACUUCAAGCUGGUUCACUGCAAAUCCUUCCCACCCUUAGAUGCAAAGUAGACACAAGCAGCUGUGAGACCAAAUUCCUAAUGAAGAUGGACAAAUAUUAGAAGAGCUUCCAAACCAGGGGUUCAAGUAGAACUGCAUUAAUAUUGCUUUUGUGUGCAGGCUUGAAUAUUACCCUGCAGUUGUUCAACAAAAUUGAUUAUCUGUAGAUCCUUCGACACACGUAAUCCUGGGGAAGAGAGGAAAGAUGCACCAGUUCUGAUGUUGCUACUAGAAUCAGCAUCCAUGUGCCUUUAACUCUUUUUCAGACAGAUAAAGUGAGGUUUAUCAUUCUGCCUUUAAAUUGUGGCUCAGAACCUUGGAAUAGUAACUGCUGAGCAAUGAAAAUUGAAAAUAGACUGAUUGGUACCUUAAGGCAGAGAAGGUUUUUGAGACAAGAGGAACUCUAAUUGUUGAGCUGCCCAGUGCAUGUUGUCUGACUGCAAUUAGCCAUAUGAUGAUUCAGUUCUAGCUGAGAAGCACCCCUGAACAGGCAGGUGCAGACAGAAUGUUGAGAAUAUUGUAGGGACAUGGGAAGGAACUUCAUGUUAGUGUUCUGUAGGGGUCCUGAGAGACAGACAGCAGAAGCUGAGAUGACUUGUAAUUAGACAUAUACAGGGAAGACUGAAUGCAAAUGUGUAGGAGAAAACAUGUUAUCAGUUGUACCCCUUGGAUUGUGUAGGAAGUUCUGUACAGCAGCUGAAAACAAUCUGCCAUUGCUAGACACUUGAACAGAUGAAAGCACAAUGCUAAAUGAGAUGUCUUAGGAGAGAACUAGAAGUUACAUGCUUAGAAAAUACUUACCUGCUAGUUUAACAGUUUUGUUGUCUUGUUACUUGAUUAUGCUAGAAUGUGCAUAUGUAGUUCUUUGUUUAAAAAUAAACCAAGUUCCAAACUUUACAACUUCUAACUGGAGGUCUUGAUUUGUCAAAGUUUGCUGUUGGAAAUUGAGUUCAUUUUUGCAGUUGUGUAAUGUUCAUUAUGUCAAACUCAAAAUUACUUCUUACAGAAACUUGAUCUGCUUUGUUUUUGCAUUCAGCUUUAUAUUUAACCAAAGAGAUUUUGGGGGUUUUUUUAUUACUUACAAUAUUUCUAUCAACUGACUUGCUGAACUAUUUUCAAAUUGACAUUAAAAGUUCAUAGUGCCUUGAAGGAAGAAAUUGGUUUAUCAAGUUAAUUUUGUUUUUCUCUUUUGCAAUGAUUUUGUUAAAAGUUUUCCUCUGAAACUUGACAUCAGAAUAUGUUUUUCUAGUGAGAGACUACUAAGCCUAAUGCUUUUAUCACGCUUGCCUUAUUUUACAUUCUGAUUUUAUAUUCUGUACUCCCUCAACUGUACCGUUGUACUGCUUAAGCAAAUGGAAAUACCCUCUGUUUGUUUGAUGUAUAUCAGAUAAUGAGGAUGGUAGUUAUGAGUAGUGUGAAUUGAUAUGUGUACUUCAAAAUAAUUUCAAUAAAUUUAACCAUAAAAGUGA